UCAGACCAUCGACAGCCCGACACCUGAUCGCUCUAGUGUGGCACACAGUUGGUCAGGAAGACGGAGAGCAUGGCGUUGUUAGUUCAGCGACAUGCGGCGGAAGGAGAGCACACCUUCAACAGUAGGAGACCAACUUAAAGAUUUGCUGCUGACAUUAGCGGACGUGUAAUCCAACCGAAACAGCCUCGCGCGUAACCCGCGCAGCCCCUUGAGCGCAUUUCAUGGAGAUCUAUAGAUGACAAGACCUGCACGCUGCGGGUUGCUCUCGGCAUCUACAGGGAUCUCUAAUGUGGAACAUGGCGAGAGGGAUGAGAGGAGCUCAUCUCCUCGCUGUAGUUUUUACUUUUUUAUUAACACUUUUCAGGGACGCAGAUGGACAAGGAACUUUUAAUGACUUUACAGGUUUUAGUUUGAGUCCUCCGUAUUUCAACCUCGCUGAAGGGGCUACUAUCUCUGCCACAGCAACCUGCGGCCAGGAUGAAGCUGGGACACCGAGAUAUGAAUUAUAUUGUAAACUUGUUGGAGGACCGACCACCGGACUUCCUACUCAAAAUAUACAGGGUCAGUUUUGUGACUACUGCAACUCCAUUGACCCAAACAAAGCCCACCCGGUGACCAACGCCAUCGACGGGACAGAGCGGUGGUGGCAGAGCCCUCCUCUCUCCAGGGGACUGGGCUACAACGAGGUGGAUGUUACCCUGGACCUUGGACAGCUCUUCCAUGUGGCGUACGUCCUCAUCAAGUUUGCUAACUCACCUCGGCCUGACCUCUGGGUGCUGGAGCGCUCUGUAGACAACGGGAGAACCUUCACCCCAUGGCAGUAUUUUGCACAUUCAAAGCGUGAGUGUAUUGAAAAGUUCGGAAAGCAGCCCAAUGCUCGCAUAUUACAUGAUGAUGAUCAGCUCUGCACCACAGACUACUCAAAAAUCGUCCCUUUGGAGAAUGGAGAGAUUGUGGUGUCUCUGGUUAACGGUCGGCCGGGGUCCAGAAACUUCACCUACUCGCCAGUGCUACGAGACUUCACAAAGGCCACCAACAUCCGCCUUCGCUUCCUCCGCACCAGCACCCUGCUGGGCCACCUGAUUUCCAAGGCCCAGAGGGAUCCCACCGUCACACGCAGGUAUUAUUAUAGUAUCAAAGACAUCAGCAUUGGCGGACGCUGCGUUUGUCAUGGGCAUGCACAGGCGUGUGGUGGGGGGCCUAACCAGGACAACCCAAGCAGACGCCAGUGUGAGUGCCAACACAACACCUGCGGUGAGUCAUGUGACCGCUGCUGCCCAGGCUUCAACCAGAAGCCAUGGCGUGCUGCAACUGUUGACAGCCCCAACGAGUGUCAACGCUGCCAGUGUUUCUCCCAUGCCUUCGACUGUUAUUACGACCCAGAGGUGGAAAAGAGGAGAGCAAGUUUAGACACCUUCGGCAGGUACGACGGAGGAGGAGUGUGCAUCAACUGCCAGCACAACACUGAUGGAGUGAACUGUGAGCAAUGCCUUGAAGGUUUCUACAGACCUUAUGGAGUACCUCCGGAGUCCCCUUCUGGAUGCAUACCCUGCAGGUGUGAUGAAAGGACGACAGCCGGCUGUGAGAUGGGGUCUGGAAGAUGUAUCUGCAAGCCACAAUUUGCUGGAGAAAACUGUGAUCGCUGUGCUGACGGAUACUAUUAUUACCCUCAGUGCAUUCGAUAUCCCGUAUACGAGCCGACCACCAAAUCCCCUGCAGGACCUAUUGUGGGGCCCACUGCCUGCCCUCCGGGUUAUUUCGGCUCACCCAGCUGUCAGCCGUGCAGAUGCGACUACAGAGGGACAGCAUAUGGGGUGUGCGACGCUUUUGGCCGCUGCCUGUGUCGUCAGGGUGUGGAGGGGGCGGGAUGUGACCGCUGUCGACCUGGAUACCACUCCUUCCCAAACUGCGAGGCUUGUGUCUGUGAUGGGGCUGGUGUGGCUGACAGUGUGUGCAGUCCAACUGGCCAGUGCAUUUGCUUUCCCAACUAUGCAGGGCAAGAGUGUGACGAAUGUGCACCAGGCUACUAUGGAUACCCAGACUGUGCUGCCUGCCAGUGUUCACCGGAUGGCUCAUAUGGCAGCAUAUGCAACACACUUUCGGGUCAGUGCCUGUGUCUCCCAGGGGUGGUGGGCCAACAGUGUGACCGCUGUGCCUCUGGACUCAGGUUCCCCCAGUGCUCAGCCCCGAUCAGUGUGUGUAACCCCGUAGGAACCGAGGUCGCCGAUCCUCAAACGGGCUCCUGCCGCUGCCGAGCAAACGUGGAGGGAACCCUGUGUGACAGAUGUAAACCUCUCUACUGGAGUCUGGCUACGGACAACCCUCGUGGCUGUAUAGAGUGUCAGUGUGAUUUGAAAGGGACCUUGAGUGGUGUUGGAGAGUGUGAACAGAAAAACGGACAGUGUCACUGUAAGCCUUUUGCAUGUGGACUUGCAUGUGAAACCUGUAAGGAAGGAUACUACCUGCUGCAGAAAAAGAAGUAUUUUGGCUGUCAAGGUUGUCAGUGUGAUGUAGGUGGUGCCAUUGGCAUGGCAUGCGAUGAGAUGUCGGGACAGUGUUGGUGUCGGAAGAAUGUAGUUGGCCGUGAAUGCACAGAGCCUGCACCAAACCACUAUUUCCCCACCCUCCACCAACUGAAAUUUGAGGUUGAGGAUGGCACCACGCCGAAUGCCAGACCAGUGCGCUUUGGUUAUGACCCCCAAGAGUUCCCAGAUUUUAGCUGGAGAGGUUAUGCUGUAAUGUCUCCUGCACAGAGUGAAGUCAGAGUAACAGUGCAUGUUGACCCAAAAGAUGAAAAGCAGCACUUAUUCCGUGUGGUUCUGCGGUUCACUAACCCGAGCAGCACCAGUGUGACCGGUAGCAUCAAGGCUACCAAUAACAGAGGCACUGCAGGGUCAGAUCAGAGUAAGGAAGUAAUAUUCCCCAGGAGUCCCUCCCCAUCCUUUCUCACUGUCCCGGGAGAGGGCUUCGCUGAGCCCUUUGCGCUGACCCCUGGGAAAUGGAUCAUUCACAUAAAGGCAGAAGGGGUUCUGCUGGACUAUUUAGUGCUGCUGCCGCAAGAUUACUACGAGGCACCUCUGCUGCAGGAGAAGAUCACAGAGCCCUGCACAUACUUACCCACUGCACGCAGGGAUACAAACUGUUUGCUGUACAAGCAUGUGGCCAUGGACGGCUUCAGCUCUGCUCUGGGCUCACAAGGAGUACUCUCCAGCCGCAAGGGGCGCAAGAGGAGGCAGGCUCGUGUGCAUCGUCCCACCCCAGAUCACCCCGAGAUGGCUGCUCUCAAUGGCAGACAGUCGCAGCUCCAACUCAGUCUACGUGUGCCCCGUCCCGGCCCGUACGCCCUCAUCCUGGAGUACGCCAGCGAGGUGGACGCUGUCCAAAAUGUCAACAUACUCAUCAGUGGCCAAACAGAUUUUGAGAUUCCAGCCAGGGCCAACAUUUACAGUUGUGCCUACAGCUUUUUGUGCCGGAGUGUGGCCGUUGACAGCAGCAACCAGGUGACAUUUUUGCAGCUAGAUCACAAGACGGAGAUUCUUCUGCAAACUUCCACAACAUCAUUCCUGUUGUAUAAAGUGUAUGCAGUUCCUGCAGAAGAGUUCUCCAUUGACUAUGUAGAACCCAAGGUGCUGUGUGUCUCCACUCAUGGCCGCUUCACUGAGGCCACUCGAUACUGCGUUCCGAGGCAAUUCGACAAGCCAACCUCAGCCUGGAUUUUGUAUGCUGCCCGUGAUGGACAGCUCUCUGCAGCACCGGCUGUCUCUCCCCAGCGAGAGGAGAGCGAGGAUUGGAGACGGAGGCGACAGACCGGCGUGUUCCCUAUCCGUGAACCUCAGAGUGAUGGGGUUCUGCUUAAAUACCCUCAGACGGAGAUCACUUUCACACCGAAGGUGCCCCUCCCAGGCACAUAUGUGGUUGUGGUCCAUUAUCACCAGCCUGAACAUACUUCCUUCCCCGUAGAGGUCCGAGUGGAUGCAGGGCGUGAGUGGAAGGGUUCAGUAAAUGCAUCCUACUGCCCUGCGGUCUCAGGCUGCAGGGGGGUUGUGAUCGCUGAUGGGCGCAUCACCCUUGACUUUGAGGAGAAUACUUGGCAGCCGCCCACCAUCUCUGUGAUCGUGCCACCUAAGAAGACACUUAUUCUGGAUUAUAUCAUGUUGGUUCCUGAUAGCAGCUACACUCCAGAUCUCCUGAAAGAAAAGCCGCAGGAUAAAUCUACAGAUUUCAUACAGCAGUGUAGAGGAGAGAGUUUCUACAUUGACCCGAGAAAUUCUCCCCAGUUCUGCAGAGACUCUGCCCGCUCUCUUGUAGCAGCGUAUAAUAACGGAGCUCUGUCUUGUGACUGUGACAAGUCCGGCUCCACAGGGAGCACCUGUGAUCCAGUUGGAGGACAGUGUCCCUGCAGGCAGCAUGUCAUCGGUCGACAAUGCACAAAGUGUGCCACGGGAUAUUACGGCUUCCCCUACUGCAGACCGUGUGAGUGUGGCCGUCGACUGUGUGACGAGGUGACAGGAAGCUGUAUCUGCCCGCCUCAGACAGUCAAACCAGCCUGCGAUGUGUGUCAGAAUCAGACUUUCAGCUAUCACCCGUUACUGGGCUGUGAGGGCUGUGACUGCUCUCCUAAUGGCAUCAAAGCCAACGCAGGGCCUGACUGUGACCGCGUCACCGGACAGUGCAGCUGCAAGCCAAGGAUUGGAGGCCGGCAGUGUGAUCGCUGUGCCGCAGGGUAUUACGGCUUCCCUCAGUGUUUACCUUGUAACUGUAAGAAAGGUGGCGUCACACCCGACAUCUGCCACCCAGAAACUGGAAGGUGUCUCUGCAAGAGAAAUGUUGCUGGCAUCAAGUGCGAUACCUGUCGGGAAGGUUCCUUCUAUUUUGACCCCUCGAAUCCUCGCGGCUGUACCAGCUGCUUCUGCUUCGGAGCGACUGACCGGUGUCAGAGCUCCAGCAAGCGCAGGGGGAAGUUUGUUGAGAUGCAGGUCUGGCGUUUGGAAAGCCCUGACCAGGAGGAGGUUACCUCUGUGCUGAACACAGCCAGUAACACAGUGGUGGCAGACAUCCAGGAGCUUCCUCCCACGAUUCAAACUCUACACUGGGUGGCACCAUCGGCCUACCUGGGAGACAGGGUUUCAUCAUAUGGUGGUUUCCUCACCUACCAGUCCAAAUCCUUUGGGAUUCCCAGUGAGGGGAUGACACUCAUGGAGAGAAGACCUGAUGUUGUGCUGACUGGUCAUAAUAUGACCCUGGUCCACAUGGCUCCACAAGCACCACUUCCAGACAAGCUGUAUCAGGGCAGAGUCCAACUCUUGGAGGGAAACUUUCGCCACGCUAUCACCAACAGGCCUGUCUCCAGAGAGGAACUGAUGAUGGUCCUCACUGGUCUGGUUGGCCUGAGGAUCCGAGCCUUGUACUUUACUCAGACUCAGCGUCUCAGCUUAGGAGAGGUGGGCCUGGAGGGGACAACUGACAUGGGGACCGGUGGUCCUGGAAACACAGUGGAAGACUGUUCCUGCCCCCCUGAGUACACCGGAGACUCCUGUGAGAAAUGUGCCCCUGGUUUCUACAGAGAUGACAGUGGACCCUUCCUGGGCCGCUGUGUGCCCUGUGACUGUAACGGUCUCGCUGAUGAGUGUGAGGACAAGACAGGGAGAUGCCUGAACUGCAAGUACAACACAGCAGGGGACCGAUGUGAACGCUGCAAAGAAGGUUACUAUGGAAACGCAGCUCAGAGAACAUGCAUAGUUUGCCCGUGCCCAUUCAGCUUUGCCAGAAACAGUUUUGCAGUCGGUUGCAAGGAGUUCUUUGGAGACAUCAAGUGUGUAUGCAGAACAGGCUACACUGGAGACAAGUGUGAGAGAUGUGCUCCUGGUUACUAUGGCGAUCCACUGACGCCAGGAGGAAGUUGUCGGCCCUGUAAAUGCAACGGCAAUAGCAACAACUGUGACCCCAAGACUGGAGUUUGCAAGAACACCCUUGAGCCGGGAGACACAAACACAGAUGAGCACUGCCAAGACUGUGAUAAUUGUGCCCAGACUUUACUAAAUGAUCUUGAGAAGCUGGAUGAUGAGCUGGGAAGGAUCAAGACUCAACUGGACAACGCUACUGCCAGUGCCUCCUCUCAGGACAGGCUGAAGAAGCUGGAGAAGGCUGUGGCUGACACCAAGAUACUUGUCAACAAAUUCAGCUCUGCUGUCAACACCCAAAAGUCCAGAGUCAACCAGCUGGAUGACGACAUGGACAAUCUCUCAGAUGACAUCCAGGCUCUCAAAGACAAGGCAGAUGAGAGGGCUUCUGAUGCUGAGAAGGCAGUGAUGGAAGUUGGGAAAACCCACAAGAGGGCUGAAGUUCUGGACUCAGAGAUUGAAAACAUGCUCAAAAAAAUCCAAGCUCUGCUGGACCAACUGAAGGAUGCAGGUGCCAGUGGUGAGACGGUGCCAAAUGAAAACCUGGCGAGCAUGCUAGAGGAUGCUAAGCGCAUGGUGAAGGAGAUGCAGGAUAGGAACUUCACCCCUCAGGAGACAGCUGCUGAGAAAGAAAGAGAUGAGGCCAAAAAACUGCUGGACUACAUUAAGGCCAAUGUGAGUAAGCAGACUGAGCAGAACGAGAAAGCAGCCGAGAAGCUUCGGGGCCUUCUGAAGGGUUACGAGGCAAAGCUGAAGGAUCUGGACAAGGCCCUGAAGGAGGCAGUGGACUUGGUGAAAAAAGCCAACACCCAGAACGGGCUUAAUGCUCAGGCAAUGGGAGAUCUGCAGAAACGUAUCAAAGACUUACAAAAGGAGAAGGAGACUGUUAAGGACCAAAUGGACAUGGCAGAACAAGAGCUGCAGAAAACAGAGGACAUGGUGAAAAAGCUAUCUGACAGCAAAAAGGAAUAUGAACAGCUGGCAGCACAGAUGGAUGGUGCCAAGACUGACUUGAUCAAGAAGGUGAAUGAGAUUGCCAAGGCUGCAGCCAAGGAGGACCUUGUGAGAUCUGCAGAAGAUCAUGCUAAAACCCUCGACAAGCUGGCAAAGGAUCUUGAAAAUACUGUGAAGGAAGCAAGUGGACGUCCUGAGGUGCGUAACGCCAAAGACGCUAUUGACGCCUACAAGAACAUCACAGAUGCAAUAAAUGCUGCCGAGGCUGCUGCCAAUGAGGCCAAAGAUGCUGCCGACAAAGCCUUGAAUAACGUGAAUAACCAGAAGCUCACAGAGAGAGCAAGAGAGCUAUUAGGGGAUAGUGACGACCCCCUGAAGAAUGCAAAGGAUGCAAAAGCAGACCUUCAAGAUACUAAAAAUGUCAUUGCUGACGUGAAGAAGCGCCUACAAGAUGCUGACCAGAAAAAGAAAGCUCUUCAAAAAGACCUGCUUGAUACACAGAACCAGUUAAAUGGCAUCAAUCGAGAUGACAUCGCUAAUAUGAUUAAUGAAGCCAAGAAUAAGGCAGCUGCAGCCAAUGACACAGUCAGCAAUACUAUGGACAGACUGAACGCCAUCAAAGAUGAAAUGAAAAAGAUCAAUGUCAGUCCCGUAGACCCCAACCUGGGCAAUGUAUUGGAUGAUGUGGACAAGUCAGUGAAGGACCUGCUGAAUACCAUCCCAUCUCUGAAUGAUAAGAUCUCAGAGGUGGAGAAUCUGACCUCCCAGUUCACACCCAUUAGCAACAUAUCUGAGAAUAUUAAGAAGAUCAAAGACCUCAUUGAACAAGCCCGGGACGCAGCUAACAGGAUUGUGAUCCCGAUGAAGUUCACAGGUGAAGGCCACGUGGAAAUGCGUACGCCAAAGAAUCUGGAUGAUCUGAAGGCCUACACGUCUCUGUCUCUGAAGCUGCAGAGACCUCCUGGCAGGGGUGAUGGACGUCGCAGACGCAGACAGGCAGCAGGCGAAGGAAACAUGUUUGUCUUGUACCUUGGCAAUAGAGAUCCUUCAAAGAAUUACAUCGGUAUGUUUCUGAGGGACGGCGUGCUUUACGGUGUGUACAAGCUCAACGGAGUCCAGAAUGAGAUGAAAACGGGUCCCAUCACCAUGUCUGGGUCCGAGCCGGCCAAGUUUGAUAGAGUGGACCUACACAGGAUUUACCAAGAUGCAGUUAUGACCCUCACCAAAGAUGUCACCUCGACCACCCCCGGUCAGCAAUACAAGGCCAGUGUCCAAGGCAAUGCGAACAAGAACCUCCUGGACAUCAGUCCCAGUGAUGUUGUUUUCUAUGUUGGAGGCUACCCUGAUGACUUCACACCGCCACCUCCUCUCAACUUCCCCAAGUACAAGGGCUGCAUUGAGUUCUCCUCUUUUAACGACAAAGUCGUCAGUCUCUACAAUUUCCAAAAGGCAGUGGGGAUCAAUUUGGAGACUGCAUGCAAGAGAUAUGUACCGCCAGAGGAUUCUGACUACUAUGAAGGCACCGGUUAUGGAAAAGUGAACAUAGACAGACCAAAUGCCUUCCUCAUCAUCAGUAUGAAUCUGCUCACUCAUUCAGAAAACGGUCUGCUCUUAUACGUAGGAAGUGAGGACAAUUACUUUACCUUGGAGAUGGAGAAGGGCUUCUUUGUCAUACGUAGUAAUUUGCUGCCAGCACCAGUUAAAGCGAAAGAGAAAUCAUUCCCGACACAGGACUGGACAGAAUUCCGCAUCAUUAGUACAAAUAAAGGAGAAAUUAAAAUCCAGUCUGGCAAUGUAGAGAGAGUCCAAGCCCAAGUCGCAUUUGACAACAGCAAAAUAAAAGAAUUCUACGUUGGUGGUGCCCCACAAGACUUGAGGGAAAGACAUAACAUCACCGUACAGCCAUACAGAGGAUGCUUGAGGAACCUGAAGCUGAGGUCGAACUUUCAACCUGUUGACGAGCAAGUGGGCAUCAGCAAAGGUUGUCCCAAGGACUCCUUGGUUUCCCGUAAAGCAGAGUUCAGCCUGGCGAGCUCUCUGUUAGCUGACCUUUCAGACUUUAGUCUGGCCAAUGACGUUACUGUGUCCCUCGGAUUCAAGAGCACAGAGAAUCAGGGUCUCAUUCUGCGAAACAAAGAUCAGGCUAAUGGGAUUAAUCUUGCAUUGGAAAAUGGCCACGUGAUUCUCAGUUUCAACAACAAACUCUGGAAGUCAAACAAGAAAUAUAACGAUGGCCAGUGGCAUUAUUUGACUGCAAUUAGAAAAAGUGGAAGGACUGAGCUGCUCAUUGAUGAUGAAGUCAGUGGUCAGGAGCAGAGUGGCACUGCUUCCAUACCUAACACAGGUGGCUCCACAAUCCUUGGAAAGGACACGUUCAAAGGCUGCGUUUCCAACCUCUACACAAGACGGCCAUCCCACUUGUACAAGGCCGAGGACCUCAGCAAGUUUAAGGCUUCUGGAGAUGUCUUGCUGGAUGUGUGUACUGCUGACAGUCUUCCUCAACUGAUGCUUGACCGCGCCUCUAAGAAGGAUGUUGUGAUGCAGCCCAUAAACGAGAGUCCAUCAGCGUGUGCAUUACCCACCCUGGUUCAAAAUGCCUAUCGCAUGGGCGGCCCUGUCAGCAGCCUCACCUACAGCCUUCCCCUACAGGUCCUGCAGCCCAGGCCUCACUUUUCUCUGGAUGUGAGGACUCGAGCUCCUGAGGGCCUGCUGUUCUUUGCUGCUACCAGAGGAGGGCGCUCUCAUCUCGCGUUGUACAUAUCCAAAGGCAGGAUCAGACUGUCUGUAGGCAAACAGAAGGAGAUCUUCAACAGGGAGAAGUACAAUGAUGGGAAGUGGCACACGGUCAUAUUCAGUUUGGAGAGGAAGAAAUUUCGAUUGGUUGUGGAUGGGAUCAGAGCCCAGGAUGGUCAGCUGACAAAUGCCGAGUUGACGUCCAUGCAGCAGUUUGUGUCACCCGUGUACCUGGGCAGCACCCCAGAGUCCCUUCACAAAGAGCUGAAGUUGAAGGCCCUUCCAAAGCAGAGCAUCUCCGGCUGUAUCCGCAAUUUUAAAAUGAACGGAGCACCGAUGGUAAAUCCAACCUCAAACCACGGUGCUGGCCCCUGCUUCGAGGGACAGACACAGAGAGGGGCCUAUUUCUCAGGGAAUGGAGCACAUGUCAUGAUCAAUGACUCCUUUGUCGUGGGCUACAGCUUUGAACUGCUGUUUAAUAUUCGUCCGCGGAGUCUGAACGGACUCCUGCUACAUGUCGGUGAUUCCAGCAGGAACCAGUAUCUCACUGUCUACAUGCUCAGAGGAGAGGUAGUGGCACAAGCCGACAAUGGCAAAGGAAAAUUCAUGGUGUCGGUGAAGCCGAAGGCUUCUUUAUGUGAUGGGAUGUUUCAUAAAAUUUCAGUGAUCAAGAGGAAAAAUGUUGUGCAGCUGCACGUGGACACAGUGGACAAUUACAAGAUUGGACCACCAUCUUCCACCACAACGUUGACCAAAAACUCCUUGUAUGUGGGCGGCAUUCCUGAGAUGUUGAGGCAUCAGACGCUCCCUGUCACAUCAUCCUUUGUGGGAUGCAUCCAGGACAUGAGGAUCAACGGCGACCCUGUCUCUUUGGAAAGGCUGUCUGGUGCGUUCGGUCCGGUCAACGUCAAAGAGUGUCCAGGCUGAAUGUCUCACUGCGUCAUCAUGAAACAAACCUUGGGACCACGUCCGCUGCCACCCAUGUGCAAUCUGUUGCCAAGACAGAGAAUGUGUGUAAAAAUGUAUAUAUCAUGCGGAGUGUGUUUCAGUGUGAGCGAGUGUGUGUGAGUGUGUGUGUGUGGGAAGGUCUGUGUGUAAAAUAGAGAUAUGAACAGCAGCUUACAGGUUCAUAAUAUUUGCUGCUUGGUUAAACAUUUCUGUAUUUAUUAUGUGAUAAAAUCGUGCAUACCAGCUCACAUGCUCUAACAGUUGUUUUACAGUCUGACGUGUCGCUCCAUUUAUUUUCUGUCGACAAUCAAAUGCUACUGAAUAUGCUUGUGAUCAGUCGGGCUGCAGUAGGAGCAUCCCAGCACUUUACGAAAACAAAUGAUGCCUUUUGUGAUGGUGCUUUUAUGAUGAUCUUUAUUUUUUUGUUUGUUUGUUGGAAAGUUUAUACCAGAAUAAUUACGUUUACACCCACGGUGCUCAGUUUAGUGACAUUUCAGGGGCUGCCUCGCUGUUUUAUAUUCAUAUCCACAUGCCAGCAUGGCUUAAUAGACACUGAGUCUUCACACAGGCCAUGAAAUCAUUUUGUUCCUACACUGUAUUACUGUUGCUCUGAAUUCAUUUUCCAUUUUGCAUUCCUUUUUUCAUGCAUGAGGGCUUUCUGUGUGGCUGUCACACAAGAAAACAGCAUGAACUGAAGUUUGUGGAGCAUCGAGGUGCAGUUAGCUUCUAAUAAGUCUCACAAGUCUUGUUUGGGACCAUGUAGCCCAUAUUAUAAAGUGAUAUAACAAAAAACAACAUGUAUCUGAUGUGUUUAAAACUCCCCUGCAAAUGUUUACUUACCUGCUUUGUACAUAAUGUGAUAUGAGAAACAAUAUGCAUGAUGAUUGGACAUGAUGGUUUGUACAUGCAUUCCUGUCUUGUGACCACUGAUUUGUAAGCCAUUUUGUAAUUAAUGUUCUUUAUAAAUACUCCUCAGUGCCAUAA